AUGUCUCGUUCUUUCAUUAACCUUAUUCUUCAUAAGGAACCGUUGGAAGAAGAAAAAUUGAAACCAUUGGAUAUCAAUGCGCCAGUUAUACACUUUGUUGGAAAAACAGCUCCGCGGUAUACAAAUAUCGUCGACACGUCUGGGAUUUUUGAUACCGCCAAGCCCAAUGAAGAAAUCCUAGAAGAAAUCGCUCACACACAAAAUGACCACAAUGAAUAUGAUUUAACACGUGAGGACGAAAAUAAUCCGUUUAUAGAGAAGACAGGGGAAAGUUCGCUGAAAUAUAAGAUAGAGAAAUUUGGAUAUCUUCUCUUAAAGCGUAAUACAGAGAAGAGUGAGGAACAUUCGCCUCCACCUUCUCUUAACGAGCGAGCUAACACAUCCAGUAAUUGCAUGGUAGUAAAAAAUCCUAAAGAUCAAAAAAAAAAAUUUCAAAUAUUUCCACCAUUGAUUGAUCUAACUUCAUCAGCAGCAAUUUCAUUCAGAAGUUCAGCUGCUACAGUUUCAUUAAGCGGUACUAAAGAUAAUCAAAUUAUUUAUUAUUUGGUGGAUCAAUGA